AUGGCAAAGUUAGAGCCAUACAGGGGCGACUACUACCUUUGGAAAUAUGUUCCAUCGAUUCCAGCAGCUGUCAUCUUCCUCCUGCUGUUCGUAUGCAUGACAGCCUUUCAUUCCUGGAAGAUAUGGAAGACGCGGGCGCGGUUCUGCAUGCCUUUUGCCAUUGGAGGAUUGUUCGAAAUCAUCGGCUAUAUAGGUCGGAUCGACUCGCACGGCAAGACCGGACAGCUCGGCCCCUACAUCAUUCAGAACGUCUUUCUUCUGCUUGGGCCAGUCCUCUUCGCGGCUUCGGUAUACAUGGUCCUCGGACGCCUUAUCCGCAGCAUUCAAGCAGAGAAGUACUCGGUUAUUCGCGUCAACUGGCUCACAAAGAUAUUCGUCGCGAGUGAUGUCCUCUCCUUCCUCGUCCAGGGCUCAGGAGCGGGUCUUAUGGCGACUGCGUCGAGUGGGGACAUGGGCAACAACAUCAUCAUCGCGGGACUUGUGCUUCAAGUGCUCAUGUUUGGACUGUUCAUGGUCACGUCGUUUGAGUUUGAACGGCGAAUGAACCGCGCUCCGAGCGGGCAUGUCUUUGAUGCCGACGUGCCGUGGAAGACUCACUUGCAUGUUUUGGAUGCCGUCAGUGCUUUGAUAUUGAUUCGGUCGGUGUUCAGGGUGAUCGAGUACGCUGGGGGGCAGGACGGCUAUUUGCUUGGUCACGAGUGGACCAUGUACAUAUUUGACUCGGUACCAAUGAUCACUGCAAUGGCGUUGUGGGUAGUGUGGCAUCCAAGUGUCAUUCAGAGUUCUGCCUCGCGCACGCAGAGCCAGGCAUUGGAUAUGAGAAUGGGUUGA